CUGAACUCACUUUCUCAAACUAGUUUCACAUUUGUGUGUGUGUGUGUGUUUUUUCUUUUCACUUGGGGGAGACUUUUAGAUCAAAGUUUGCAUCGGAAAUGAAUAUCCGUCUGAGUGUUUUCCCGGCUGUGAUUUCUCCAAUUUUAUUUUUCCCUGCAGGAAUACGGAGAGAGAGAGAGAGAGGGAGAGAGAGAGAGAGAGAGAGAGAGGGGGAAACGGUCUGGCUGCUUGAAGAUUUGUUUCGACACCGAACCUUGGCGACAUGGACGCGCACCGCGGCGUGCCUGUGGCCGGGCAACAAAUCGUGCACGUCCGCGGGAACUCGCAGACGGAGCUGGAGGCCCUGUUCAACGCGGUGAUGAACCCCAGCGAGUCCGUCAGACAGCCGCCCUCUCUGCCCAUGAGGUUGAGGAAACUCCCGGUCUCCUUCUUCAGGCAACCAGACUCCCAAGGGCACUCCAGACAAGCCAGUUCAGAUGGAGGUGUGUGUGGCUCCCACACUCCUCAACACUCCCGCAGCAAGUCCUCCCCGGCCUCCCUCCCAGUCAACUCGCUCUCCACUCAAGCAGCAGAUGUAGCGGCAGCAGCGAUCAUACCUGAUGACAUGCCUCUCCCACACGGUUGGGAAAUGGCCAAAACGCCUACUGGUCAACGUUAUUUCCUCAAUCACGUGGAUAAGACAACCACUUGGCACGACCCUCGAAUCGCGCAGCUUCAGUCGGCUGCAGCUCAGCUUCCCAUCUCCGUCACUCCGAUCCACGCCCACUCCUUCAGCAACCCUGCACCUACUUCGCAACAGCAAAACAUCAAUCCAGAGACAGGUCCACUGCCUAAAGGCUGGGAGAAGGCUGUGACCGCAGAUGGAGAGGUGUACUACAUCGAUCACAUAAAUACGACCACCGCAUGGGUCGACCCGCGUCUAGCCCAGAAGAUGAUUCCUGGCCUCCAUGGUUUGGCACUUCAGCAGAGGCAGGAGAAGGAAAGGCUCAGAUGCAAACAAGGCCUGCCUCCACAAAACACACAGGAGGCAGUGGGAAGGAACCAGAUGCCGGGUGGGAUGGAUCAUGACAGGAACGCACAAUCACUCGUCCCAUCUCUGGAUGUUAGGAUCAGAUCCUCAAACCACGAACCCACACUCAAUGGCGCUCACUCUCGCAAUGAGAGCACCGACAGCGGUCUGAGCGUCAGCAGCUUACCCCGCAACUCAGACCACAUGUUGAGCUCUUUGGAUCACAUGGACACUGGUGACUCUGUGGAGACCUCCUCGAUGUCCUUACAGGACUCGAUGCCUGUGCUCCCGAUGUCCGACGGCGAGGAGCUGAUGCCGUGCAUCCCCGAGGGUCUCAGUUCAGACCUCCUGAUGGACAUGGAGACAGUUCUCUCUGGGUCGCACAUGGACAGAGACAGCCUGCUCACCUGGCUAUAGACACACCCAGCAUUGUGUGGAGCAUUUUGAAGAAUCUUCAAAAGUGGUACAGACCAAGGUUACUGAGAGUAUGCUCCUGCUGUGUGAUGGAUACCUAACACUCCUCGCACCCUGAGGAAAGACAAAGCCUGACUCUCGCAGAUUUGGUAAGCUGCUGGUGUUUUCCUAUUUUUUUUACCUUGGUCUUACAGAGAUGCAUGAAGGAGCAUCCAUAUUUUUACAACGCUUUCCUUUUAGUCAUUGGCCUCAAAUGAUGCUCCCCACAUAUAUUGUAAAGUGCAUCACAGCUUAUUUUAGAGUGCAGUUAUCUUUUAUUAUCCCCACUUGGGUGAUUGAGUUUGCAGUAAACUUUUAAAAACACAGUGUCAAGUCAAUAAAGUCUUCGUAUAGCAUUUACAUAAAUGCAAGAAAGACUUGUUCAGAUAUCAUAAAAGUUGUUUUAAAGAAUAUCAUAUCACAUUACCCGUUGUUACUUCAUCUAGCUUGUGGGAAAAAAGAAGAGCAACAUCUAGUGCUACUACCUCUAAGCAGCCUAAUAUUUUGAAGCUCACAAUCCAAAACAUGUGGUUAAGAAGCAGCAGGACUGAGAGCAAGAGAUGAAUCAAAGAAGUCUCUUGAUUUACACUACAUUGGUUCCAUAAAACCAAAAAUGUUUGCUCUUAUAAUCAAGACACACACAAUCACUGCUACACAUAAAUAUCAGGGUGAGAGGACGCACCCUGGUGGUGAGCCAGUAGAAGAUCAAGAACACUAACAGAUUUUACUCACAAACAAAAAGUACAAAUGCUCACAAACCUAAAAACAUUAUGAAAACCAGAAUCACUACGAAGUCUGUGCGGAAUAUCGGAGCAGUUUUUUUUUUUAUUGCUAUAGGAUGAUAAGCUUUAUCUGAGGUCACAGUGGAGACUUUGUUCCUCAAAUCAAAAGCUGUUAAAAGCCUUCACAUUUAGAGAAAUGAAGGCUACAGCAGGAGAUGAAGUCUUUACUAUUGGCACUAAAACUACAGCCAAGUGUGUUUUGAGGUCUUUUCUUUAUAGAAAGGAAUGCUGGAAUGAGGAUGUCUACAAUUAAUGAACACAUGUUCAGUAUAAUGCAAUCCAACAACAAUACAGGGUUUCUCCCCGGAAACUCUAAUCCUGCCGCAUCUGGUCAUCUGAUUAAUUGAAAUAGUAGAUAAAAGACCAAACUAAAGCCACAUUACAUAUAUGGACUUUGCUGUGUGAAAUAGCUCUGCUCUUUAUUUCAUUAAAGUCUGUUAGCCCAUCUGCAGUCGAAAUUACUGCAGACAAAAUCACAAUUGUUUAAGGAACUAAUAUUUAGGUUGUCUUAGUGUUUGAUGAAUCGGGUUUGCGUUUUAUUUGCAAGUGUUUCAGUAAUUGUUUCCCACUCCAGCAUUAAAUAUAAGCUCCACAAAGGUAGUAUUUAUUGGCGAUUUCUUUUAUUGGAUUGCAUAAUAUUGUACAGUUGUAAAAUUAUUAUAUCCAUCCUUUGUUUAAGAAACAAAGCCACAAAAUUGCCAUAAUGGCAAGGAUGCUAUCUCUCCUUAGUGUGCAGCAGAUAUUCUUAUCUUUCCUGAAACAUAAAUGGGAAGUAUUUUAUCAAAACCUUCUCUCACUUUUACCAAUAAGGGCUUUUUACUUUUAUUAUCACUUACCAUAUAAUGUUCCAGGGGCAUCAUAGGUUGUUUUUUUCACAGAAAGACAUAACACAAGUAAACUUCUCAGCCAUAUUUUAAACUUUUAUCUAAUAAACUCCAAAUAUUUGUUCCAUUUAUUACCAAAUUCUGCUAGCAGUCUCCUAGAACUUGCUUUACUCGAUGUGUUUUUGCACAUCUACAGUGGAUCACAGUACAGUCAUCCAUUGUAAAAAAACAUAACUUGUCUAAAAAAGUAAGAGUAAUAUAAAUGUUUAUGGAAUAGUACAAUCAUAUUUUUCAGGGAAAUACAAUCUUCCAUUUUAACCCAUUCAUGGGUGUAAAGGUACACCGUAACACUGUAAAAUCCCUUUGAUGUAAAUAACUAGUUAAAAAGUCAGUUAAUGGUAAGGAAUUGCUCAACAGAAGCACAUUUAAAGAUUAAAUAUCCAAAGUUUAUGAACAUAUAUGGAUAAGAAUCAUGAAACAAUAUAAAAUACAUUCAUUAAGAUAUCAUUUUGCUACCACACUAUAGAGUUAUAAUUUCCUCUGUCCGUGGCUGUCCACUCUUAAGCCCUGCUUUGUAAGUGGGACUAAUGAAAAUAAUGUGCUUUAAAAAUGGAUUUCACUUGGGGAGUCAUGGCGUAAGCCAAGGACCCUGUUGUGCCGCCUCAUAACGCAACCUACUAAUCGUGGAUGCUGUGUUCUUGGUAUAUUUUGUUUUAUCUGCAAAAGCUCUCUGGGGCUGUAAUACAGAAGGCAAUCAUUAAAAAGGGGAGCUAUUUAAUUCUCCUCUUUUAGUUACUACUAUAUAAGAAAGUAUAUAAUCUGUGUCUUUACCCGCUGGGUUGUUUCUGCAGUGUGUUUUUAUAUUUUACCUUAACUUUGAAGCUGUUAACAAGUGGUGAGAGCGUUUCUUCUAACCAGCUUCUUUUCUUUUCUUUACAUUAAACAGUAUUUGGAAGUACAGACAUUCAUGUCAUGGCCAAAUAGAAAGCCAAGUCACCUAAUAUCUUCUAAAUUAAUCUACCAUGGCCUGAAGUGACUUACUGUUUAUACACACAAUGCAACACACUACCUAGCCUUUUAUUUAUCUUAGCAUGCAUGACACUUGCUAUGUUUGUUACAUAUAUUGAUUUUUAUUAUCCUAUUUACAGAGAAUUUGGAGGCAAUCAGACUUGUUUUGUACCUUUGUAUGCAUGUGCUUUAUAUAAAUAUAUUUCUUCUUACUCACUGUAAUCAUUUUAAAGGAGUUUCUGUUUAAUAAACUUUUAAAUACA